UAUUAGAUAAAACUAUCCCGCAACAGUAGCACCGACUCAUCCAUUCUUCCGGUUUCUUUGACAGGGAGUGUGUUCUAUCUUUUCUUCAAGAAUUUAAGGAAUUUUUUGACCUCGUUCUAUUCAUACACUUUAAUGGCUGCAGUCGAAGUAGAAAGGGUUUUACUAAACAACAUGAGAAAUUUAACACUUUCGGGUCAUGUUGGCUUUGAUAGUCUUCCUGAUCAGUUGGUGAACAAAUCAGUAUGUCAAGGCUUUUGUUUCAACAUUCUGUGUGUUGGCGAGACUGGUAUUGGCAAGUCUACCCUUAUGGAUACACUUUUCAACACCAACUUUGACUCAACCCAAAGCUCCCAUGAUCUGCCAGGAGUGAAACUUAAGGCCCACACUUAUGACCUGACCGAGAAGAACGUUCGGCUGAAGCUGACCAUUGUGGACACCACUGGCUUUGGUGAUCAGAUCAACAAAGCUGACAGCUGGAAGCCAAUUGUGGACUAUAUUGAUGCUCAGUUUGACGCCUACUUGCAAGAAGAGCUCAAAAUCAAGCGCAUGUUGCAUAGUUACCAUGACUCUAGAGUACAUGCCUGCCUCUACUUUAUUGCACCCACUGGACACUCUUUAAAGGCUUUGGAUCUUGUAACAAUGAAGAAACUUGACAGCAAAGUCAAUAUCAUUCCUGUUAUUGCUAAGGCUGAUACUAUUACCAAGACUGAACUGACCAAGUUCAAGGCUAAGAUAAUGAGUGAACUGACAGCCAAUGGAGUGCAGAUCUACCAAUUUCCCACUGAUGAUGAGACUGUUGCUGAAACCAAUGGCUCCAUGAAUAGUAACCUGCCCUUUGCUGUGGUGGGCAGUAAUGAUGAGGUGAAGAUAGGAAACAAGAUGGUGAAAGCUCGUCAGUAUCCUUGGGGCACUGUACAAGUGGAAAAUGAGAACCACUGUGACUUCGUCAAGCUGCGUGAAAUGUUGAUUCGCACAAAUAUGGAAGAUCUAAGGGAAACCACUCACCUCAUCCAUUAUGAGCUCUAUCGUCGCCACAAGCUGGAAGAGAUGGGAUUCUCAGACUCUGAUAUGAAGAGUCUUUCAGAGACAUAUGAGCAAAAAAGACAAGAACACAUUAGUAACUUGCAAAAGAAAGAAGAGGAGAUGCGCCAGACCUUUGUUAUCCGUGUGAAGGAAAAAGAGAGUGAACUUAAGGAAGCAGAGAAAGAGCUCCAUGCAAGAUUUGACCAGCUUAAAAAGCAACAUGCUGAGGAGAAAAAGAAAAUAGAGGAUAACCGCAAAAAACUGGAGGAUGAAGUAAAUCUCUUCAACCAGCGCAAGGCAGCCAUGGAGGCUCAGCAGUCUACAAUUGGCAAGAAAAAGAAAUAAAAAAACUAUUUUUAAAAAGUUAAGCAGCUAUCUGCUACAAGGCACUCAGAACUGUGUAUUUGCCUCAGACCAGGGCUGGAAAGAUUGGCAGAACAAAGAAAGGAUUCUUUAGUAUUAUGCUUUUAUAAUUUGCUGUUGUAUAUGGCUUCUGUUUUCCUCCUUAUUAAUUUUUUUACAAUGUUAGCAUAUGCAGGAAUGGUCUAAAAAUGUAGCUUUUGUUUUUCCAAAAAAAAAGUACUAGAUUUUGAGGGAAGUAACACAUGGUUUAGCAUGGAGGAUAUAUUUGUGCUCAGAAUGGCGGAUGACACAAUUUUCCAGAAUAUCACAUUUAGACAUGCAACCAAAAACAGAAGAUGUUAAAGACUGCUUUAACAUUCUGGCUUAACCACCAGAUUAUAUCUCAGUAAUGGUGAAAUCUGGAUCAUUGGUGCCUUUUCACUUCCAUGGUGGAGAAAACUGUUGAUGCACAUGCUGGGUGCAUGUGGCACAAACAUAUAGCUGAUCAUUGACAGGGUUUAAAGGUUAAAAAUGAGAGAGAGACUUCCCUCGCUGUUUGAAAGGUCUACAUUGCUGUAGUUUUGAAGGAUAUCUUCUACAAUCUGGUUUCAACUAUUUACUUUUGGUCACUGCCAUUGAUGAAAUAGUAGUAUUAUGCAGUGAAGUCCCUGGGCUUGUGUUCACAGACAUCGAUAUCUCUUUAACUCAUUUGUUGUUUGCACACAGGCACAAAACAACCUGUAAAAUAUUAUUGGAUUACUGAAUACUGUUUCUGUUAUUAUGUGCACUUAGUCUUAUUCUCUUUCAGACAUCAGGCUAAGUUAACCUUCAAAAUUUAUUUCUCGGCCAGGGUAUAAUUUUUCAUUAAUGCCAUUAAUGAAUCAGUUUUCUCUGGUGGUUUGAAUGUUUCAGUCAUAAAUUGACUUAAAUGAAAGUUUAAAUGAUUGUACGUGUGUGUUUGUAUAGGAGGGUGUGUGUCCAUUUGAAAGAGUAUGUCGAGUAUUGUAAAACCUGCUUCGAUCCUUUUCAUAUUAAUUUUGGAUACUUCAUUUGCCAUUCAUGUCAAAUCUCAAAAGCCUCACAUUCUUGUGCCUCCCUACUUAAAUUUACAGGAAAGAAUCUCAGGGUAUAUUUGUGCAGCACACAGUCUCUUCUUGCUCAAGCUUUGCUGGCCUUGCUUGCACAUCGAUUUUAUGUCAAGUCAAAAACCAAUAAAUCAACAUUCAGAAUGGUGGUGAUCAUAAGCGAACAAUUUUAAAAAAAGGCAGGCCUUUGUUGUUGAAGCAAGAAUUUAGUGUCCAACAAGUGAGACCUUUGUCACCGUGUGACCUGACUGUUAUUACUUUUUCAAAUAACAGUAUUGAAAGAGGGUUGUUCAGGUAACAUCAUAUUUAACCAUGAAUGUUUUGAAGUUAUGGUGAAACAAGGCUAAUCUUUGGGAAUAUCUUUGGAUUGGGAAAGAAGUGAUAAGAAUGAAAGUUACUGUUCCUCUCCUAUUUCUUGUAUCCCUUUCUAGGAUGCAGAUACUGAAUUUGGUGUGCCAAAUUGUUUUGUUCAGUUUGAACAGUGGAAGAUAGAAUAUGUGCUAUUUAGAAUAUUUAAAGUCUCUGAAGCAUGUUUAAUUUGUCUUCGCAAACUGUACCUAGUCAGGGAAAAAUUAUAGGUGGUUAAAAAAUUUUAAUCAUAAGCUGUUUUUUCAUGCAGAAUGCAAAAUUCAUCCGCUUGUCAUUUUUAUUCUUCUUGGUAUUUUGUCUCCUCCCCCCCCCCAACCUGUUUAACAUCUAUUACCAUGUCCUGUGCACCUAAGCUUUUAUUUUAAUCUCAUAAUGUGCACUUUAAUGUCCUUGACUAUUCUAUGCAGCAUAAGAUAAAAUUAUGUUUCAUUUAAAUGCUUUAAAAUGUAAUUUAUUUAGAGAUAUGUGCACUGCUCUGUUUAACUGCAUGUUAUUUUCAUGUGUGAUAGUCACGCCAUUUAUUUUCCACAUCGUUUUUGCAUUAAUAGUUUUUUUUACAUUUAUGAACAUUGCAGAUUUGAAGUGUCACAUUUAUUAAAUUAGAAUCAGACCCCCAACAUGCGUUUGGAUUGAUGAUCAAUUCUUAAAUUGUAGACAUGCAUCUGGUUCUUGAGGCAUAGGCAUUUUGAAAAUGCUGCCGUCAUAGUUUUAUUAUUUUGACAACAACAAACGUAGAGCCCAUGUUUUAGCAUUGUCAAGCAUUCUGUUUAGAAAUACCACAGAACACCAAGUUAAUCAUUGCACAUUCAUUAUUUCUAUUUUUCUAUGAUUCAAAUUCUGUUGUAGCUGUUACUUGCAUUUUAUCAUUUUUCUUGCCAAGUCUGGCAGCAAGCAUUUCAGCUUUCUUAUGUCAAAGAGUUCAAAAAGUGAGCUUGACAAGACCAUUGCAUCAUUACAGUUAAGUGUCACUAAUAUUUUAUUUGUUAAUAAAAUAGAACAACAAAUACUGACAUAAUUUAAUUAGUGCCAAAUAGCAGGGUGACAACAUAAAACAGCUUCAGAUCUUGUGCAAUAUUUAGAACUCAUGUCCAUCCCAACUUUUUCAAAAUGAAUGUUUUCAUUAUUUAAGUUACUCAAAACAAUGUAGUUUUAUAUUAUCAUAUUGAUGUCCAAGCAUGCUAUUCAGUAAUAAACAACAAAAUUUA